AUGGCCCUCAUGCGAACAAGCCGGGGCCCCAAGGUCAAGCUUACCCUGGAGGCCGGCCCUGGCGGCAUCGUUUGUGCCACGCUGACAAAGGAGCAGCGCACGGAGGCGAUCAAGAGGCCCUCGGUCAAGGAGAUGGUCGAGGUGUUCGAGCCGAUCUACAAGAAGGUGCUGCUCGAUGGCCUCCUCGGAAAGAAGGUGGCGCUCUUUGCAGAGGGCCGCCGCCGCCGCGUCCCCUGCGGGCCCAGCCUGGCGCCCUACCUGAAUGCGCCUUCCGACCAAGAGUUGCACUUCAAGGUGCGUUUCUGCCCCGAGGCGAAGUUCCUCGCACCCACUCGCGGCGACAAGGCUGGGCCGAAUGCCGAUUCGGCACCCGACAACGAUGGGUGGUACAAGAAGGGCCCCAAGGAACUGUUCACGUGGGCGGAGGCAGCGGCCUCCUCGCGCUCAUCCUAUCUGGAUGGGCUCAAGCAGUGCUUCGAGGCCGGCCAACUUUCCUUUGCUCAAUGCGUGUCGAAGGUCAAGCUGGCUGUGCAGCAGGCGCAAGUGGACAACGUCGUUGUGCCCCUGCCCAAAGACAAGGCGAUUGCGAAGUCCGCCAACCGCACCCGUAAGAUGCACACCCGCAGGAUGCACAUGCUCGGCCGCAACCGAAGCGUCGGCAAGACCGACGUCGACGGCUUUGAUUCGGCCGAGUCAAGCUUUAGUGAUCGGCUCGGCCCGCUGAGCCCCGGCCUGCGCGGGUGGCGCAAGCUCGCCUUGCGGGAGGCGGCGGCCAAGGAAAAGGCUGUGUUCGAGGCCCCACGCAAGGAGAUGAAGAAGGUGGAGGACAUCUACUAUGACGAGAAGGCUGCGGCCGAGGCCAUGGCCAAGGCUGCGGCGUUACGCCUUCUUGCCUCGGCCCUUCUUGUCAAGGCGUACCGCCGGUUGAGCGUGAAGCGCAAGGCAGAGCAGGCUGCGGAGGCGGGGCGUGAAGCGAGCCAGGACGGCGCUGCCAUCUCCGUCGCCUCCGAGGCCAUGGCCAAGGCUGCGGCGUUACGCCUUCUUGCCUCGGCCCUUCUUGUCAAGGCGUACCGCCGGCGCCUUCUUGCCUCGGCCCUUCUUGUCAAGGCGUACCGCCGGUUGAGCGUGAAGCGCAAGGCAGAGCAGGCUGCGGAGGCGGGGCGUGAAGCGAGCCAGGACGGCGCUGCCAUCUCCGUCGCCUCCGACGACGCCUCCGAGGACGCUGUCAUAGAGCGGGCUCACCACCUCAUUGUCCCCGCCACCGAUCCAACCACUGUCUCGCAGGCCGAUGCGGCGUCGCAGCCCAAGCCGCCGCUCGAGCUGUCCGUGAUCGUUGUUACUUACAUGAAGCCCGAAGGCAGGAAGAACGAGAAGGAGUUCUCCGUGGACCAUACGGUGAAAUAUGUUCUCGAGUCUUUCGGAUUCACGGGCCGCGAGCACCGCUUCCUGCAAAACCACGCUUCUACCCCUCUACACACGUCUGAUGAUCGCCUCUCCGACUUUCUCGACCCGGGAGCCAAGAUCACGCUCGACCACGGCGGACUUUCUGGUGGAUGCCCCUCUUCCUCAACGGCACCCGCUGUACCCGCGGCACUCGCGGCAAUGACAUGA